UCUUUUUUUUUUUUCGUCCUGUGGAUUACCGCUGCCCAGCAACACGGCCACCUGACAACUCUGAAUGUCGUAAUUAAGGUGAAUCAAUGAGCCAGCAAUGGAGACCAAAAGAUACCAAAGUUUCUUUGAAGGAAGUGACACAGAGAACAGAUGGUCGCAGGUCCCCAGCACCAUGGAGCACUCCUGCAGCACAGAGGAUUCAGGUCUGAGCAACAGUGAUAUCCUGAUGGACAUAGUCAAUGUGAGCUGCCCUGCUGGAAGCCCGGCCACCGACUGCAAAGACGACAAUACCAAGAAGCAGGAGCAGCCAAUGAUUCGGCUCAGCCAGAACCAGCCAUUUGUUCUCCCACACUUCAACAACUCUCUGCAUGGUCAUAAGCAGGAAAUGGACUCCAAGGAGCUUUCCAAGACUGUGGCCGAGUCUAUGGGCCUGUAUAUGAAUGCUGCCAGGGAGGCAGACUUUGCCCCUAUCCAGCAUGGGGGCAGUACUAGCCCUGGGAAGCUGUAUCCAGUGUGUGGGCGGUCUCUAGAGGAGACCCAGUGUGGUUCCACAAAGAGCCCCAAAUUAAAGCCAUUUGGUUUCCAGCAGCCCAGCACCACUCCCCGAGAAUGCACCGCCGGGACUCCAGUUAGCUCAGCUUCAAUGCUGGCGUCAUCCCUGUCCUGCAGUCCUCAGACCUCCAGCUCCAUCUCGAGCCCCGGGGGCAGCAACAAUAUGGUGUCGUCAACCACCAGCCCUCCUACGUGCUUUGGACCAAUGUGCUCGUCCGUCAGCAGUCCUGUCAGCCAGACGUCUUGUGCCGCAACUCUGGCCAACAUCAAGCGCAGGAAUUCAGCCACAUGUAGCCCUGUAGAGUCCAGCACAGUGGGCUCGCCACCUCUCACCAGCCCGCUCAAUGUCAUGAGGUCCCCCAUGUCCAGCCCCCAGAGUAUGAGUAGUGUGAGAUCGCCUCCGUCCUGCAGCACUACCUGUAACAUGAGGUCAUCGGUCUCGAGCCCUACAGGUGGCAGCUGCAUCAGCACUGCCAACAACUGCAACACAAUAAGGCCCUCCAUCUCCAGUCCAGCCACAGGGGGACCCAUGGCGGUCAGCAGCCCACAGAACCCCUCCUCAGGUGGGUUUCCUGUGUCCAGUCCUGCAGGCGGACUGGGUUUGGUCCAGAAUGACACCAACAGCCCAGAAGCAGCGGGUCUGACCAGAGACACAGACUUCAAGAACUUUGAAUUCCCCAAAGUAGAGAUAGUAGACGGGGAGGUGUUCAAUGUCGGCUUAGACCAGAUGGGCAUGGUUAAGUACAUUAAGAACGAGCCUGGGACUGACUUCAGGAGCAUGUGUUUAGGCAGCUCUAAAUGUAGUGCGAGUAGCACGCCGUUUAUCACACAGAUUAAGAGUGAGCCAAACAAAAAUGAGGGAUGUAUGAACCAACAGUCCUAUGGCGAGCAGUCACCAUCUCUUGGUCUCUUUCAUGCAUCUGAGACCACCUAUUUGUCACUGAGGAAUAACAUUGAUGAAUACAGUCUUUCUGGUAUCUUAGGACCCCCUGUCUCCUCCAUGAAUGGGAACUAUGAGUCCGAUGUGUUCUCCAACAAUGUCUUGUCUAAAGGGGUUAAGCAGGAGUCCACUGAUGGCAGCUAUUACCAAGAGAAUAACAGCAUGCCCACAUCGGCCAUUGUUGGAGUUAAUUCUGGUGGACAUUCAUUCCAUUACCAGAUUGGAGCACAAGGAACAAUGUCUUUCACGCGGCACGAUGUGAGGGACCAGUCCAACCCUUUGUUGAAUCUUAUUUCCCCGUUAAUGGAGUCGUGGAAAUCUCGACCAGGCAUGGCACAGGCGCCGCUGUCGGCCAGAGGUGAGGGAUACCCGGGUCAGAACUGCAUCACGGACAGCUCACCGCUGAGACAACCGUCCUCAACGGCCAAAGUGUGCCUGGUUUGCGGAGACGAGGCGUCGGGAUGCCACUACGGUGUCGUGACGUGCGGGAGCUGCAAAGUCUUCUUCAAAAGAGCUGUGGAAGGUCAGCACAACUACCUGUGCGCCGGGAGAAACGACUGCAUCAUCGACAAGAUCCGGAGGAAAAACUGUCCUGCGUGUCGCGUACGGAAGUGUCUCCAGGCCGGGAUGAACCUGGGAGCACGAAAGUCCAAGAAGUUAGGGAAGCUGAAGGGAGUCAGCGAGGACCUGCAGGGCUCGAAGGACGGCCAAACUGCCACAGGCGGUGUUGCAGGCGGUUACCUGUCCUCAGAGAAGGAGCUGAACGCCAGCGCUGCCAAUGCCCUGGUGCCCCACGGGCCGGGGGUGGUCACGCCUUUUCUGCCGCCCUCCAUCUGCAGCGUGUUGGAGCUGAUUGAGCCUGAAGAGGUGUACUCUGGUUAUGACAACACGCAGCCUGACACCACUGACCACCUGCUGUCCAGUCUCAACCGCCUGGCCGGAAAGCAGAUGGUACGCAUGGUGAAGUGGGCCAAAGUACUUCCAGGCUUCCGGGGCCUGCCCAUCGAGGACCAAAUCACCCUGAUCCAGUACUCGUGGAUGUGUCUGUCCUCCUUUUGCCUCAGCUGGCGCUCCUACAAACACACCAACGGACAGAUGCUCUACUUUGCCCCUGACCUCAUCUUUAACGAGGACCGCAUGCAGCAGUCGGCCAUGUACGACCUGUGCCUGGGCAUGAGGCAGGUGAGCCAGGAGUUUGUGCGACUGCAGCUGACCUACGACGAGUUCCUCUCCAUGAAGGUCCUUCUGCUUCUCAGCACAGUUCCCAAAGAGGGUCUGAAAAACCAGGCGGCGUUCGAGGAGAUGAGGGUUAAUUACAUUAAAGAGCUCCGGCGUUCUGUGGGAAAAGCAACCAACAACUCCGGCCAGACCUGGCAGCGCUUCUUCCAGCUCACCAAGCUACUGGAUGCCAUGCAUGAUCUGGUGGGGAACCUGUUGGACUUCUGCUUCUACACCUUUCGUGAGUCCCAGGCCCUGAAGGUGGAGUUCCCCGAAAUGUUGGUGGAGAUCAUCAGUGACCAGAUACCAAAGGUGGAGUCCGGCCUCACUCACACAAUCUACUUCCACAAGAAGUGACUCGCUCAGCAAGUUGGGACAGAAGCUGCGUUAAGAACUGGACGAGAGGAGGAAGACGUUCAAGAACACGAGAGGAAGCGUGCGAGGAAGGCCUGAGCGGUUGGCCUGCACCCUGUCGCCCAGUAUGCCAGCGUCCUCCUCUGGGAUGGGAAAGUUGAGCGGCGUGGUGACGGAAGUAAAAGUAAGGGGAGAACGAUUUGACCCCGGCGUCGCCACGAGCGGGUCAGAGCUGUGAAUAGUUGGCCGAGCCGAGCGCGAUUUGCCGAGAAGGACGUGUGACAAAUGUGACAAAGCAUCCUGAAGUUCCCCCCGUGCCCCCCUCCCUGCCCCCAAAGACGAUAACAGUAUUUUCUAUGGAGAUAAAGCCAUACAUUUCUUAGGAUGCGCUAGAUACACUCACUGCGCACACACACACACACACAUAGAAGGAAAUUGAUACACAUGCUGUCCACAUGCCUUCACAGAAACGCACAGAUGCACUCCACAUGCACUAAAAUCAGAUUACAAAUCUAGAGAAAGUUUUGCAAAUAUUAACUGUGGCUUAUGCAGUCUUUCAAAAUAAUAGCACUACUAAAAAUAAAAAAAACAAAAAAUAUGCCAAUACUUAGAUUUUGCUUUGCAGUGUAGCAACAUACUGCAAGACUACAGGGCAAAGGACUUUAUGAGGAGGCACAGAAAUUCUAGACUGUAAGGCGAAAGGUCUAUUUGAAUAUAUUCAAGGGCUAUACAAGCAUCAUCAUAAGCUGGAUAAUUACAUUAAAUCUAACAAGUCCAAGUGUGAAUUUGAAUCGGUGUCAUAACAGCCAUCAUUAACAUUCACAUACUGAGUUUUUUAAUUAAAAUGUGUAGUAAAACAAUCAAAACUAAUAUGCAAAAGUCCAAAGCUAAAGCUGUUUUGAAAUAAAAAUGUCUCUCUCUCUCUGUAAAGAAAGCUUGCACGUGAAGCUCCCAUGUCAUAAAGUCACUAUUUUAGGCAUUGUGGUGUAGAAUUAAGACAAUAUUGAUGAGCGAUUUUACCUUUGUGCAGAAGUGGACAGGAGUGCUGCGGGAUGGAAAACAUGCAUUUACGGAAACAAUUUCAGCAGAGUCCGCUGGUAAUGGAUUUGACUGAGGUGCAUCCAUAGUAAUUGUGUUUUGUGUUAUCUCCAGAGCAGCUGUCCAAAUGUCUGUUUUUACUCACAAUGAAGCAAAACCAGCCCUUUGUGAACCAACACUUAUCUACUCUUCCCAGAAAUAAUAAAAAGCAUUUUAUAAAAGUGUGUUGCAAAGGUUUAGUUUUUGACAAGCCAGUCAUUUUACAUUAAGGUGCUUCAUUUCUACAAAGCCAGGCAAAACAUAACAUGUACAGUAACUCGUAGGCAGUCCGUACACCGUACACGGUAUGGGCACACAGUUUAAACACGCAUACUCUGUAAAGUUGAUAUAAUCCAAAAUGGAGCAUUACUCUGCAGUGCUUACAGCAAACGGCUAAUGUAUCAAACCGGGCAGAUGUGUACAGGUAUUAACAACUUCUUAAACACAUUCUAUUCAGCUGUUGUACAGAUGAUGUUUUGAGGUACACGUAGAUGAAUGCUUGAUGAAGAACUGUUGGUAUGGUCAUCUUUCUGAAUCCAGUUUAUUUCCUUUCUCUUAUCUUUGGGCCAAGUACUACUAUUUUAGGUAUGGCAGGCCCAGUCAUCUGGACCAUUAACUUGUCUCACACCCCACUGGUUUCUGGGUGGUUGUGGAACACUACUAUGAUGCUACUGAAAAGCGAUAGAGCCGCUGGGGAAGAAAAACAGUGGGGGCGUGUGAUUAUUAUUUUUUUUUUUGUGCCCUGUGAGUGUGUAUUUACAUGUGUGAAUGGAGCGAGCGUGGCUUAAGUUUGUGUGUGGGUUUUUUGUUUUUUUGGUUUCUUUUUUUUUUUUUCCUGGCAAGCAUGUGCAUAGUUGAUCUGCUCUUUCAGCGUGGGUAUUAUGCAUUUAUGUUAUAGGAUUAGCCGUAUCCUAUUUCCACAUUUAGAUUUGCACAGAGGAGAUACAAUGUGAAAUGAGGCAUUAGUGCAGCUAGCAGGAAUUGUCUGUUUUGAUAAGCAACUGCGAUGAUGCGGGAAAAGACUUUCUGCAUGGUCACCCAGCCUAAAGUUAGACGACGUGACAUCACUGGCUCAGCAGGGCGGCGGUGCUCUGUAGUUGCGGCCGCAGCUCUUGCAACCACGGCGCUGUGCUGCAUUAUGAGGUCUCUUCUGUGGCGGUAACUGUGUAAAGAUCGGCGUACAAAGAGAUGGAGGUGGCACGAUCACAACUGUCAUUAGGGACUGUAGGAAAAUUAUUGGAGGGUUUUAGAAAAGGGGGUUAUGUAUUUUUAAUUUUGGCUUGAGGGAGCGCAGUCUAAAUUUGUCGGCAGAGCAGGGGAGCGUGUUUCAGCUUUUUCUCAUCCCAGAAUUAUAUAUUUUUUAAAACUCGGGUGAAAAUAUUGCGGCGCUCAAGUCUAUCAGCACCAACAGAGAUGGCGCCUGGACCACAGUCAGUCAGUGGCUUUUACAGACCAAACCGUUGAGCAGCUCUUUAUUCAAAAAUAGAGACUGGCUGUAUUUUCACUAUUUUGUCAUGUUUACCAUAAAAAUAUGAUUUUGAGAUAUUGGGGGGAGGGUCCAAAGAGAAUAUUAUUAAUGCUGUGUAGGGUGUUGCUCUUGCUCUACUAAUUUUCACACAGUCCCUCGUCAGAAAGGCCUCGUUUUAUUUCCCGCCUUUGUUGCUCAUCGUUGUGUUGAAGUCGUGAAGGGCCUGAAGCUAAUCUCUCACUGUUUCUUUAUUUUGCCCCCCUUUUUUUCCCUCCUUUUUAAGGAAUUAAAAAAAAAACUGUCUAAAGGUUCAUAGGAUGAAUGGGAAAGUAUUUUUGAGAGAAUUAUAUUUUGCUGGAAAACGAUAUUUAAGUACUUUGUCUAAAAAUGAUAUCCUUUUUGUAAAAUGAAAUGUUAAUGCAUGCUUUUUGAUGAGAUGUUUACAUUGUAUUUAAAAAAGGGAAACUUGUGCCUUUUUAUCUCACCUGAUUUACAAUUUUACAGUAUAUAUUGUAAAUAAUACAGCAAGUCCUUAUGUUGAGUAUAGUAUAAAACAUUUCUACUUUAACCAUCUUGUUGGAAUAUUGGAAAAAUGUGUUUCCCACUCGCCAUGUUCUGUGUGUUGGAUCACAGAGAAGAAUUUACAGUAAAGGUUGGCGCCAGAAAGGGCCACUUAGAGAAAUGAAUGUAUCAUACAUUGUGAGAGACUUAUGGAACUUACUACCUGAAUGUUAGAGAGAGUACAUUUAUUAUCUUCUUAUUAAGUAAAGUUAUUUGAUUUUUCAUCUUUUUUUUUUUUUUACUUUUUGCAUCAUUGUUCAAGUGGCUCAAACAAAAAAAUAAUAAUAAUCAAAAAGUAUUUCUUAUUUUGUAACAAGAUGUAUCAAGUGAUGGACCCUUGAGUUGUUGCUGUUGAAAUGAUUUCCUAACCCAUGGCGGUAUUGUUGAUGAGCACCACAAUAAAAUCAAGAAAUCACAAACUAUUGAAAGUGAGAUUCGUGAAAGAAAGUUUUUAACUUUUAAAAUAGAAACUUUGUGCACACACAACCUUGGAUUAGAUGAUGGAUGUAGAGACUGACGUUUAGGCAAAUUUCACUGUUUUUGACUAGAUAUUAAAUGGACUUGUUGCACUAACUGACAAAAUAUCGUAAAAGAAAUAAAUUUGUCCCAAAGAAUGUAAAAACAUUCAAAUAUAUACACAGUAGAUUCCUGCUAUUGACAAGUGUUAUCAGUGAUGCAAUCAAGCCUCUGCACGACCCUCCUGCCCUGCAGAAUUACAGGUUUUAUUGGAUGUAAUUAAUUAAUUUUGCUUCCUUGCAGAGAGUUAGAUGAUUGAUACGACGCUCAUGUUUGUACAGUAAAUAUGAAGCUACUGCCAGGAGACUGUUAGCUUUAGCAUAAAGACCGGAAGAUCCGAUGGUAAAAUAAAAUCCGACACGCAUCUCGUUUAUUUAAUCUGUAAGAAAAGUGUAAAAAUGACAAGCUGUAGUUGUAUGUGGGGUUAUGCGCCAGACUGUUAGGAGGUCGCUGAGCUUGGACAGGAAGUCGUCGAGCACAUAACCUCCCAUCAAACCCCGACUUGUCAAUUUUGCUUCUGUUUUUGCAGAAAUGAAAUGAGAUAAAAUGUGCCAGUUAGCAGCUGGUGAGCAUUAGAGGUGCUAGUGAGCAGCUUUUGCUCCCUUUGGACACAACCAGGCUAGCUAUUGCCCUGUUUCCACUCCUUAUGCCAAGCUAAAAGCUAACCACCCGCUGGCUGGAGCAUCAGAUUUCCCAUAUAGACAUUAAAGUGAUACCAAUCUCCUAAUCCAACCCUCGGCGAGGAAGCGUUCCCAAUAUAUAUCAAAGUAUUCCCUUACAGAAACGAGAUGAUUUUUUUUGGUCACUGCUCACCAAACUCACUGCAAACAAGAAAAUCAACCUUUCCCCCGUCAGGAGGAGGAGAUCCGAAAAGCUGCCUCCUCCUAAACAAACUCCUUUUAGGCAUGAAUGACUCAGAAUGUGUUCAACUGCUGCUUCACAGUACACUAUCGCGUCACUGUAUGUGGAGUCACAUCGUUGCCAUUUUCUGUUCACGGUGAUGAAUCGGGUGUAGAGAGACUAAGCCAUAUCUCCACAGCCAUGGCAGUGCAUUUCUUAUUAAUAUAUAAAUAUAUACAAAUGCUUUUUUUUCCAAUUCCAAAAAUGACUUUUUACUCAAAAUGCUUUGUACAAUAUUUCUCAGCAACUAUCCAGCAAAAACACAGUAGACAUCCUUCAACAUAAACCAAUAAAACAUCUUUGAAACCAGUUACUACUGUAUAUCUUGAUGCAGAU